AAGUAAAGAAAAAAGAUUAUGCUUUGAAAGGUUUUCUAAACCAAAGCAAGGAACUACUAGUUGAGUGCAGACGAGUUAAGGGAUUCAGAGAUCAUGAGAGUACAUGUAGAAGAAUCUCUAAUAUCUUGAGAGUUUGGGAAAUUUUGGAAUCUGUUUCUCUAUUAUAAAUACAUGAUUUUACUUUCGAUCUUCACAACCACGCAAGCCUUUUAGCAUUCAAUCCAAACCUCAGUCACUUUCAAACCAACAAAAUCAAACACCAUUCGUUUCAUUUUUCUUGUCUUUUGUUCCCUCUUUGUUCUUUCCCACACACACCCUUUCAACUCACCGAGAACAAAAAAUGGCUGAACGUGUACUCUUCAAUAUUGCGGAGGAAAUAGUAAAGAAACUGGGUCCACUAGCUACCCAGGAGAUUGCACUGUGGUGGGGUGUCAAGGAUCAGCUAAGCAAGCUCAUGAGCACGGUUACCAGAAUUAAGGGUGUCCUUCACGAUGCUGAGGAGCAGGUGCAGAAACCACCCGCUCAACUUGAAGACUGGCUCGGGAAGCUGCAAGAAGCGGUCUAUGAUGCUGAAGAUUUGCUGGAUGAUUUUUCAACAGAAGUGCAGCGAAAAAGAUUGAUGUCCCGAAAUAAAAUACCGAGGGAGGUACGUACAUUCUUCUCAGGGUCAAACCAACUUGUGUAUGGUUGGCAGAUGGGUCAUAAAGUUAAGGAACUUAGGCAGAGGCUAGAUGAGAUUGUUUCUGAGAGUGAAAAAUUUCACUUUGAGGUUCGUUAUGAGGAGAAAGCUUCUUUGACUAUGAUUAGAGAGGCAACUACCUCUUCUGAACCUGAGAUAUUUUUCGGGAGAGAAGAUGAAAAAAAGAAAGUUAUGAGCUUUCUGUUGAAUCCCAACGAUAAGAUUGAGAGUGUUUCUGUCAUCUCAAUAGUUGGAAUGGGCGGGUUGGGAAAGACCACAUUUGCUCAGAGUAUUUUCAAUGAUGAACAAGUUAAUUUGCAUUUUGGUCUGAAACUCUGGGUCAGUGUCUCGGGUGGUUUUGAUGUCAAAAAGAUACUCAAAGAUGUAUCAGAGGCUGCAGGUAUUAGUCAAGUUUCUGAUCAGUUAGAGAGUCUGAAAAAUGAACUUAAGAAAAAAAUAGAAAAUAGAAAAUACCUGCUUGUAUUAGAUGAUGUGUGGGAUAAUAAGGAUGGUCGAGAUGGUGAAAAGUGGGAUAGUUUGAAGCAGUCCUUACCACAUGAGACUGAUAGAGGAAACAAGAUGAUAAUAACUACACGUUCUGAUACAAUUGCAAAUUUAACAAGCAAAAUACCACUUGCGUUAAAAGGCCUUUCUGAAAAGGACUCGUGGUCUCUUUUCUCGAACAAGGCUUUUGGUCCAGGUCAAGAGUCAAAUUACAUAGACGAAAAAAUAAAAAAAGAGAUUGUAGUGAGGUGUCAGGGAGUUCCUUUGGUCAUAAAGGCAAUUGCAAGGUUAAUGUAUUAUAAAGAUAGAGUCCAGUGGUUGUCCUUCAUCAAACAAGAACUUCCAAAUAGGGUCAAAGAUGAUAACAUCAUACAUACCCUUAAGUUAAGCUACGAUCCUCUUCCAUCAUAUAUGAAGCAUUGCUUUGCAUACUGUAGCUUAUUCCCGAAAGGUCAUGAAAUAGAUGUAAAAUCAUUGAUUCGACUUUGGGUUGCACAAGGGUUUGUUAGCUCUUCGAAUUUGGGUGAGUGCUUAGAAAUUGUUGGUCUUAGGUGCUUUGAGAAUUUAUUGUGGAGGUCCUUCUUCCACGAAGUGAAAAAGGAUAGAUUGGGGAACAUAGAAAGUUGCAAAAUGCAUGAUUUUAUGCAUGAUCUUGCAACCCAUGUCGCUGGUUUUCAGAGCAUCAAAGUGGAGCGUCUAGGAAAUAGGAUUAGUGAAUUGACUCGGCACGUGUCAUUUGACACGGAAUUAGAUUUGUCUUUGCCUAGUGCACAACGUCUAAGAACACUUGUAUUAUUGCAAGGUGGAAAAUGGGAUGAGGGGUCAUGGGAGUCUAUUUGUCGAGAGUUUAGGUGUUUACGUGUGCUUGUUUUGAGUGAUUUUGUAAUGAAGGAAGUGUCACCUCUCAUUCAAAAGCUCAAGCAUCUGAAAUAUCUUGAUCUUUCGAAUAAUGAGAUGGAGGCGCUUUCUAAUUCUGUCACCAGUCUGGUAAAUUUGCAAGUGCUCAAACUCAGUGGUUGUAGGAAACUUAAGAAACUACCUAGGGAUAUUGGCAAGCUGAUCAAUCUGAGGCAUCUUGAUGUUGGUUGCUAUCUUGAUCGUGAUUUAUGUGAGGAUUUAGAGUAUAUGCCUCGUGGGAUUGGGAAAAUAACUAGUCUACAGACGUUGUCAUGUUUUGUGGUUGCAAAAAAAAAGAGUGCUAAAUCUGAGAUGAUAGGUGGAUUGGAUGAGUUGAAAAUGUUAAAUGAAUUGAGAGGGAGCCUAGAAAUAAGAGUAAAGGGAUAUGAGGGUGGUUCUUGUGUAUCAGAAUUUGAAGGAGCUAAAUUGAUCGAUAAAGACUAUCUCCAGUCGUUGACCGUAUGGUGGGACCCAGAGCUGGAUAGUGACUCAGAUAUUGAUUUGUAUGAUAAAAUGUUGCAAAGCCGCCAGCCAAACUCGAGUCUUCAAGAGUUGAGAGUUGAAGGCUAUGGAGGUAUGAGGUUUCCUAGUUGGGUUUCAAAUCUCUCAAAUCUUGUAAGGAUUUUUGUAGACCGUUGUAGAAGACUUAAGCAUAUCCCUUCCUUAGAUGGAAUCCCUUCUCUUGAAGAAUUAAGGAUUGAGGGAUUGGAUGAUUUGGAGUACAUAGAUAGUGAGGGGGUUGGAGGAAAAGGAGCGUCGAUGUUUUUCCCAUCCUUAAAGAGACUUGAUAUCUUUGAUUGUGGUAGACUGAAGGGAUGGUGGAAGAGAUGGAGUAGAGAUGAGAUGAAUGAUGAUAGUGAUGAGUCAACAAUAGAAGAAGGGUUGAGAAUGCUCUGUUUUCCACGUCUUUCUUCCUUGGGCAUUUCUUAUUGUCCAAAUCUGACUUCAAUGCCGUUGUUUCCAACUCUCGAUGAAGAUCUUUAUUUGGUCAACACUAGUUCAAUGCCAUUACAGCAGACAAUGAAGAUGACAUCACCAGUCUCUUCUUCUUCUUCUUCUUCUUCAUUUACCCGUCCUCUCUCCAAAUUGAAGAGUCUAUAUAUGCAUUCAAUUGAUGACAUGGAAUCUCUUCCGGAAGUAGGGCUGCAAAAUCUCUCUUCUCUUCAACAGCUAUGGAUUUGGGGAUGCGGAAGAUUGAAGUCUCUGCCACUGCCUGAUCAGGGGAUGCAUUCUCUUCAGAAAUUAGAAGUCAUUUUAUGCAGAGAAUUGAAGUCGCUAUCCGAAUCUGAAUCUCAAGGGAUGAUACCCUACCUUCCCUCUUUGCAAUUCUUAAGAAUCGAUGGCUGCAGUGAAGAGCUGAGGGGAAGAACAAGAGGAUGGGGAAAGGAGAGCGAGGAGGAGUGGCCUAUCAUUAAACACAUUCCAGAUAUUGUAAUUGAUUGGAACUACAUUCAAAAGGAGGGUCGCUAUGUAAAGGGUGAAGGAUUGGAAUACAAUCCUUUCUAAGGAGUAUUUUCACAGAACAUACAAACACUUACAGACGUGUGUGUAUGAAAGGUAUGAUGGUUGGACUGGGUUUGGUAAAUCCGAAAACGUAAUCAAUGCUGGGAUCGUCAUAGAGGAUGGAACAAGCUGGAUCGGGUACAGUACUGAAGCUAUCUCUUAAUGCCUUUAUGUUCUUGCUUUAUGGAGUUUAGUCGAUGAACAUGUGUGUACAGAAACUAAAUUUUAUUCCUAAAUAAUAACACCUUGUUGCUGCAUGCAUUUGACAUUCUGGUUUUCUUUCCAAUUUCUAUUUUGCUUUAUGGAAUUUAGUCGAUGAACAUGUGUGUACAGAAACUAAAGUCUAUGCCUAAAUAAUAAAUCUUGAUCCUUCCUUUGUUUACUCUCUCUCUUUCUCUCUCUCUAUUUGUUUUGUAUUAGACUAAGUCGACUUCCAUUAUUUCAAAUCUUUAAUUUUCUAAACAGGUAAAGGCCUCACUUUUUAAAAUAAUAUCUUUAAAUGAAAUUAUCUUAAUUCAAAAACGUCUAGUGAAAUAAUUUAAUGUUCUGCUAUCUAAACAAGCAAAGACUUCUCUUUUUCAAAUAAUUUAUCCUUCUAUCUUCAUGGUUGGAAAAUCAAACAAAUCAAGGGAGAAUUGGAAAACAUGACAUUUAUGUUAUUUUAUUUUUUAUACUAGUAGUGAAGAAAUGGUACUGAAGUUUUUAAGAGGGCCAAUGAGCAUUCUGACAUGGUGAAAUCUAACUUGUUGAUUAUACAAUGGGGAUGGAAUGUAUGUUCUUCUUGAUGGGCACUAGAUCAUCAUUCAAGAAAGGAAGCGCUUAGUUUUCUCUCUAAGGUUUUUCUUAUUAGAAACAGAUACAGAGCAUCUUCUGAUACUGUGGAUUUGUUGUAUUUUCCAGGGCAGUGACAAGCUUCGACGAGAUCGUUUUUUUUUUUUUUUUACAGGUCACGCGUUUCCAUUUUCAGAAUUCCAAAGUGCGGGUAUUUUGAUCUUAUGGGUGGUUAAGUAUGUGCUACUGAUAAGCAUGUUUAAAUUUAUUGAACAUAGAUAAGUAUAAUAGUUUUCUACUUUUCCAAAGACCUUGUUGCUGCAUGCAUUUGACUUUCUGGUUUUCUUUUCAAUUUCUAUGAGCAAUUUAGUGUCGAAGCAUGUGAGUUUUAUAUGCAUUAAGAGUAUCCAAUUACCCAAGUAUUUUCUCUCUUUGAAUUGAGUUUGAUUUCAUAAUAUAAAAAUAUGUUUGGUUACAAUAGGCAAGUGAUUUUCUGUUUUCACAUGCUUCUGUCAAGUUGUCAUUGACCUUUCUAUUGGUGUCCAUUUUUUACUGAACUUUUAGAAUUGAAUCUUGGUUGCAGGAAAUAGGUCAGAGGAUAUUGGAUGCCGCUACAGAUAUUAGUUAUAUAUUCACAGGGUGUAGUUCCGGUAACAUUGAAGCAGUAAGCCAAGCUUCAAAUCCUGAAGAUGAAAAAACUGUUUGGAGAGUUGAUGAUAUAAUUAAUCUUAAAUUCUUGUUGUAAAUGAAUCAGGUUCUGCUCCUCUAAAACAGAAUUUUCCUGCUCCUUUGGUCUCUUAAAUUCUUUUUGGCCCCUUUUUGACAUCUUUUUGGUGUAGAUACAAUGAUUGGACUGGGGUUUGAUAGAGUUAAAAAGGUAAUCAAUGAUGAUUUCAUUAUAGAUGAUGGAAUAGGCUGGAUCAGGUAUAGUACAGAAGUUAUCUUUCAAUGCCUUUAUGCUUUUGCUUAAUGGGGUUUACUGAAUGAACAUGUGUACAGAAACUGAAUUUUAUGCUUAAAAAAUAAAUGUUGAUCUUAUUCAAAUUUGCAAAAGUUCUUCAUAUGAUACUUGUAUUUACAGGGCUUUACAGGCCUGUGACAAACUUGACAGAAAUCUGUUCACACUCCAUACGUUGCAUAUACAUUUCAUUUGCAGAACCAAAUUGCAGCUGCAAAGUAAAACUUUGAUUCAGUCUCAGAUGGUAGAAUCAUCUGUGCACUCUUGUGUGGUAUGGAUCAACCAGACACCAGACAUCCACAUCAAACCAGUUCUCCAAUCAAUUGGUCCUUGACUGAUUCCAACAAUGCUCAAGCUUGCUGGUUGCAUCAAACUUUACCCUUUAGCUCAUGCACUUUCCCUCUCUUUCAAGUUUCAUGUUGAGCAGGAGGAGUAUUACCCUACAAGGGAGCCUGCCAGAUCCCUUGAAGAUGAAGGUUUGAGAUGCUCGACCGUUUUGAUGAAUUCCAGUCCAACCAAGCUUGACCAUGAUGUCUACAGUCUCAAGGGAGGUCUCCAGGGCUUUAACUGGCUUUUUGCAACUCGUUACAUGGUGAAAGCAAUUGGAAAUUAUUAUUUUCUUUUUGUUUGUGUCUCAACAGAACAUCUUGUAGGAAUUAGGACUGAAUAUUCAGUGUUUCAAUUAUAUUCACCAUCAUAAUUUCCUCAA